UAAGAGGUGAAUUGGAAAAGGGUUCUGUGCUCUUUGUCAUGGACUGUGAUCUGUUAAAUGCCUUUUUUUGUUGUUUCUACCUCAGGCAACUUAUGGCUAAUGAACCACUGGAAAAACUGGGAUUUAAAGACCUGAUAGAUGAGAAAGCAGAAGCAAAACCUGAAAAGCUAUAAAGAAGACCAAAAAACUUCUCUUUUGUGGAAAGCAUAACUGUUAUGUAGUACAUAU